AUGUCGUUCCUCGGCGUAGAUGAUCGCGCGUCACGUUCGCGUUCCAAGUCUGGCAACCGAGACAGAUCGCGGUCACGCAGUGCUGUACGUGUACCGUCGCCUCCCAAGUCACAGUCGUAUGGCUAUGCUCCGUCGACCACUUCGGCGGGUCCAAUGCCGGGCUCAUUCGACGACGGACCAACCUCCGCCAAGUACGAUGUCAGAUCACCUCCAGGCGUCUCAGAUAGGAGCAACUACUUUCCCUCCUCGAACAAAGCAUCGUCCAAAAAUCGUGCUCCUCCUGACGGUAUGCCAUACCCGACUGAUGAUGGUGGCUUUACUAUGGGAGACUAUAGCGACUUUCCACCGAAUGAGAGACCAGGCUAUGUUGGUCCGGAUGCACGAUUCCCGCAGAUGCCUCAGCACCAUGACGAUGACGAUCUCGCGUAUGGGAAUGCUAGCCCUGUAACUUCGCGACAUCAGUCGUACAAUAGCCAAUAUCCUGGCCAGCAUUCCAAUUCGCAACCUCAGUACCGCGAGCCAUCUGAUUCGGACUACCGCUAUACUCCUCAAUCUGCCACCGAUAAGUAUGGAUCGAAGUCAUACCAGUAUGCAAAGCCGCCAGAGAACAUCACAUACACAGCAAAGCCGGCAACAGGGUCUAGGACGACAUCGUAUACGCAAUCUACGGAACCGUACAGUAGAGACGCGCAGCGCCACAACUCGUACACUGGACGUCCAGAUGAUACUCGUACUGUCGACAUCACGCCUGGCCGUGAUAAGCGCGAUCGUGCGCCAUCAAAUGCGCAGCCUCAUAGAUUAUCUGUCAGUACUCAACAGCUCAGUCUGCAACCCCAGCCCGGCUUGAGCUCUGGUAUGCAUAGGCUGUCAUUAAGCAGCAACAGACCUGAUAUGGGUAAUAUGCCACCCCCCAGUCCGCUCCUCGAGGCAUAUCGCGGCACAUAUCAGUCAUUGUCACCCAUGCCCAUGGCUCUUAGGCCGGACGAUGACGAUGACAUGAGCGAUCUAGAACCUUUAGAAGCGCCAUCGUCACGUAAGGGUCAUGCCAAGGACAAGCUCAGCCGUGAGGCAGAGGCCGGUCGAGUGAAGGACCGCGGAGGAAAGGACAAGAAACGUGUCACGCUGUACGAUCCAGAAGAUGACGCGAAGAAGAUUGCCAAAGCAUUAAAUCACAGCAAACCAGUGGCCGAGCCAAUCAUCGACAUUUUACCGGGCCUCACUCACGACCAGACGUGGGAGCUUCGCAAGGAAUACAAGAAGCAGGUCAAGAUUCAAGGCAAAGGCAUCUCUCUGCCCAAGCAUCUGAAGCUAAAGCUUACUGGCAACUUCGGCAAAGUAGCAUAUGUCACCACUCUGGGCAGAUUCGAGAGUGAAGGUUACUGGGCGAAUUUCUGGUACCAGUCUCAUGGAAGCAGACGAGAACUUCUGAUUGAAAGCCUUAUGGGCCGCACAAACGCCGAUAUCCGCAAUAUUAAGGACGAAUUCAAGGAUAAGCGGUACUCGGAUAGUCUUGAGAAGUGUAUGGAGAAGGAGCUGAAGAUGGACAAGUUUCGUGCCGCGAUAUUAAUGGCGUUAGAGGAGCGUCGGCAGGAGGAACUGGAUGUAUAUCCGCCAGAGUAUGUCAAUCGUGAUGUUGAGAUGUUGUUCCGAUCUUUGAGCGCAAAGCAAGGCGGUGAGAGUGCCAUGCUUGACGUCGUGGUCAGGAGGAGCGAUGCUCAUUUGAGGAGGGUGCUCGAUCUGUACCAGAGGCAGCAUGGUGAGAACUUUGCUCGUGCGGCGUUGAGGAAAAGCAACAAUCUUAUCGGCGAGGUCGUAGCCCACAUCCUGAAUGGUGUAAUCAAUAAGCCCGUUCGAGACGCUAUCCUGCUCAACCACGCGAUCAAGGACAUCGCCGAGAAGAACAAGAAUGACGACCUUAGGUAUGAACUUUUGAUUUCAAGAUUGACCCGAGUACACUGGGACAAGAUGCAUCUGGAGCGGGUGAAGCGUGCAUACAUGGACAAGUUCCGUACGCACCUACAGGAGGACAUUGAGGAUGCAACCAAGGGCGAUUUCAGGGACUUCAUGUGCGAGCUGGCCGAGUCGAAGUAA